AUGAUUAGAUUACAGAUUCAGAUAUUUUUAUUGACAUUUCAAGUUGCUAAUGGAUUUAGGACCCUUUAUGAUAUUUAUGAUAAGUCUGGUUACCUGAUUACAUGUCAUGGACUCACUCAUUCACAUGCACCUGGAAUGCAUCCUCAUCCUUGCGUUGGUAGAUAUAUAAUGUGGAUUUAGCCUAUAACCCUAUUUGUGAAUCAGUCACGGAACCAAAAAUGGUCAUAGCGGAUGGCCAGGAGAUCCUAUGCCAUCCAAGACUUAGAUUUUAUUCAAUUUGGACAAUACCAUAUUAUGAAGAGAUGGUAUUUUGUUAUUACCAGGCUAUACUUUAUGAUUAUUCUGAAAGCACAGACCUAGUGCUUUCGUGUAAAGAAAUUCCGAACACUUAAGGUGAAUGCUUCUUAGCACAAAAGGCUGGUGAUAUUAUAAAAUGCUAAUAUUGUUCAACUGUUAGAUUUGGUGAAUUUUGUAAUUUAUCAAUUGGUAAAUGAAAUUCAAUAUUUAGAUUGUGGAAACAAUUGUGCAAGUUGUACUUCGAAUUAUUGUGGAACAUGCAAGGAAGGGUUUUCUCCAUCAGACAACGCUGAUUUAAAAUGUACUUUAGGUAUCUCGGAUUAAAUUAUAAUAGCCUGUCAAACUGGACAUAAGUAGUGUUCUAAUACUAACGGUGUAUAUGCAUUUGAAGAAUGUAAAUAAGGUUAUGAGAAAGUGGAUAAUUAAUGUGUCGGUAUAAAUAAUCAAAUGAAUUCAAGCAUGCCCUAAUAAAUGUACUACUUGUGUUAUGGGUAUUUGUUCUGCAUGUGAAUUUCAUUAUCAUCUAAAAGACAAUUAAUGCUUUGGAGAGCUUAACUGCACUAAAGUGGCCUAUAUUUUAGAUCCUAAUACUGGAUUAGCUGUUGGGAUGACUUGCGAAAUAUGCGACUUUGGAUACUUUUAUAAUUCAAGCCAACAAAAAUGCACACGUAAGUUUACUUAAAAUAUUUUAGGAUGUAAAGAUGAGCCCGGCUUGGAAAAUUGUUUGAUUUGUAUGAACCCUACAGAAUGCAAAAUUUGCAAAGGAACACAUGUAAUAACUGCUGAUAAGAAAUGCAUACCAUUUAUUGGCUGCUCAUCAAAGUGUUAAACAUGUCUUUAUACUGAUCCAGAUUACUGUACGACUUGCUACUUGAAAGAAAGAUUUGAAAGUUCUGCUAUUGUGCCAGGAAAAUGUGUUUGUGAUUAUCCUAAUGGUUAUAUCGAAAAGGAUGGUCAAUGUGCAAAAUGUUUAGAUGGGUAAUGCUAAACUUGCGGUCAAGAUUAUUAUGAUUGCACCUCAUGUAAACCUAUUUCAAAUAGAAUGCUUGUAGGUUCUUAAUGCAUUUGUAAAUAAGGAUAUUUUGAGACUGGUCAUGCUGAUCAGAUAUGCUUAAGUAUGUCUAAUUAUAAAGUAGAAUGCUAUGUUAAUUGCUUUAAUUGUAAAGGAAUUUCUGAAAAUGAUUGUACUGAAUGCGGUGAUCCUAACAUUUAUUCUAAAUACUUUGAUAAUGGAAAAUGUUUUUGCUUUUAACGAACAUUAUUGUAGACUCAAUCUGACGGGAAUAGUAUUUGUAAACGUAAAAAGUUAAUCAUUUAAUUAGCCUGCCAUCCUUUAUGUGAGAAAUGUUAUCAGCCCUCUGAUAACACCACAAAUCAAUAUUGUACUAUGUGUAUUGAAGGUUAACAUAGAGUAGUAUCUAAUGAUUUUCGAUGUGCUUGUUAAGAUGGAUAUGGAGAGAGUGGAACCUCAGAUAUUUGCAUUAGUAGAAGAUUAUAAAUAUAAUAAUAGAGUGCCAUUAUUCAUGUUUGAGUUGUAAAGGACCUCUUUAAACUGAUUGUAUUGCAUGUUCCACUGUUGCCCAUAGACAUUUGACAGUAGACUAUAAAUGUGCAUGUGACUAAGCUUAUUAUGACCCUGGUUUCAAGGAUCAAUUAUGCUAUUGUAGCUUCAAUUUCUUUAUAAUAAUUAGUGGCUUGUCAUCAUUCUUGUGCUAGUUGUAAUGUUUAUGGCUAAGAUAAAUGUACUUCCUGCCCAUCAACAAGACAUCCUGAUAAAGUUGGAACUAAUUUUUAAUGUCUAUGCAACGAUUCAAACUAUUAUAGUGACCCAGUCUUUUUAGAAUGUUAACAAUGUCAUCCUUCAUGCAAAACUUGUAAUGGCGCUUCUUAAACUAAUUGUUUAAGUUGUGAUACGACUUAUAGAUAAUUGAAUAUAUCAAAAUGUGAUUGCUACCCUGGUUAUUAUAGCACAGGCAUACUUUAAUGUUCAUGUAAUUAUUUAAUAUUGAUUAUUAGAAUGCCAUUAUACAUGUCUUACAUGCUAUUCUGCAAGUGAGGAUGGAUGUAUCACUUGCUCAGUCGCUAAAAAUAGACUUAUGAAAGCAAACAAAUGCGUCUGUAUGGAUAACACAAUGGAAGCUUCAAAUACAGAUGCUAUGUGUUCAAGUAAAUAUUUUGAUUUAUCUUAGAAUGUUCUUAUCGUUGUUCAUCCUGUACUAUAAAAGUUGAUAAUUGCACAAAAUGUCCUGAUUAAUCAUUCCGUGAUUUAGGAACUGAUAACUCUUGUUCUUGUCCAGCUUAUUAUUAUGAUGAGCCUGGAAAACCAAUAUGCAUAAGUACUGUUUGAAAUCGAAUUUUAGAGUGCUAUAGUAAUUGUUAUGCCUGUAAAGGACCAAAAUAUAAUUAAUGCACGGCUUGUAAUCUGUUCAGUAAAAGAGAAUUGAGCGCAAAUGGAGAAUGCGUCUGCAUGAGUAAAUACUAUGAUACAGGAAAACAAGAAUGUUCAAGUAUAUAUUAAUGGUUAUGUUAAUAGCUUGCAGCACUGAUUGCUUAGAUUGCAUUAAUACACCAACAAAUUGUAUAUCUUGUAACCCAGAUAAAUAUUUACUUGGAAACAUUUGUUAAUGCAAAACAAAACUAUAAGGAACCUAACUUAGUACAUAUUUUGUUCCAUCAAAAAAUAAAUGUCAAAGUAACUAAAUCAAUAAUAUCAUAAGGCUGUCAUUAUAGCUGUCUUUCUUGCAGUGGUUCAUUAUCAAAUUAAUGUUUGUCUUGUUUGAAUUCAGAAUCAAGAAUUUUGGUUGGCACAAGUUGCAUAUGUAUAGAAAAUUACUUAGAUAGUGGUUUUCCUAAUUGUACAAGUAAUUAAUUCCUUUAUUUAUUAAGAAUGUGAUGGUCGAUGCAGUGGAUGUGUAACUUUACCUACUCUAUGUAAAUCCUGUCCAAUAUCAAGCCUAAGAAUUUAUAAUUCUGUAAGCUAGUCUUGUAAUUGCCCAGAUACAUAUUAUGAUGAUGAAAUCAAUCCUAUCUGUUAAAGUAAUACUUUGUAAUAGUUAGAGAAUGCGAUUAUACUUGCUAAACAUGUAAAAUAAUCUCGACUAGAUGUGAAUCUUGUUAAAUAAACUCAUAUAGAACUUACGAUUCAAUAUUAUUUUCUUGCAAUUGUGAUGCUCAUUAUUAUGAUUCCGGAGUACCAAUUUGUUAAUAAUGCCAUUAUACUUGUUAACUAUGUAAUGAUUAUGGAUCAAAUUAAUGUAUUACUUGCUAACCUUAAGCUACUUCCUUUAGAAUAUUAAAUGGGAAAGUUUGCGAAUGUCUGCUUGGAUAUUACGAUGAUGGAUAUUCCUUAAAUUGCUAAUAGUGCUAUUAUACAUGUUUAAGCUGCAUUAACUCUUCAACGUAUUGCACUUCUUGUGAGUAAACAAGACAUUUAGAUCAAAAUCAAUGUCUAUGUAAUACUGGCUAUUUUGAAAAAGGGUUAAGUAAUUGCAGUAAAUGUGAUUCAAACUGUUAUAAUUGUAAUUUGAAUUCAAAAAAAUGCACAGAAUGUGAUAAAAAUAGCUUAAGAUUAUUGAACACUAAUACUAAUACUUGUUAAUGUUAAUCAGGUACAACUGAAAUAGAUGGGUUAUGUUAACAAUGCAAUGUGAACUGUUAGGAAUGUUUAAAUACUAUUACAAAUUGUACAUCAUGUGUUUCAUAGAAAAUUCUUGUUAAUUCAUAAUGUAUAUGUAUUGAUGGAACAUAUUUGUCGAAUUUAGACAAUAAAUGCUAUUCAUGUAAUUCUACAUGUGCAACUUGUGUUGGUUUAGACUCAUUUUGUUUGACCUGUGCUUCAGAUAAAAAUAGAAUCAUAAAUGUUACGAACCACACUUGUAAUUGCAAAGCUGGAUAUUAUGAAGAUACUGUUAAGAUUUCCUGUAUUUAAUGUGAUCAAACAUGUUUAACUUGUUUUGCCACUUCUUCAUAUUGUACCUAAUGUGAUUAAAGCUUAAAUUUAACACUCAAUUAGUAAAAUAGAUGUGUUUGUAAAUCCUCUUAUUUCUUUAAUAUCAUCUCUCAAUAAUGUGAACGUAUUAUUUAUAUUAAUUUUUAGUUUGCAAUUUUACUUGUACAGAAUGUUUAACUUAAACUUAGUGUUUGACUUGUGAAUUAAUCACUAGAUAUCUUGACAAUGAAACAUCAAAAUGUCUAUGUAAGGAUGGUUUUUAUGAAGCUAAUCAAAAAUAAUGUUUAUGUAUUAACAAAUAUUAAAAAUAGAAUGUCACAGUAGUUGCAAGACAUGUUAGAUGUAAUCAAAUUAAUGUCUAACUUGUGAAGAAUCAAAUAAAAGAUUGUUUUAAAUGAAUAGAUGCCCAUGUCUAGAUGGGUAUUAUGAUGUUGGGAUAGAAAUGUGUUAAAAAUGCAAUGAUAUAUGUUAAACCUGCCAAACAAGUUCUACUAGAUGUCACUCCUGUUACGAAAAUCAUCUUCGUGUUUUAAAUCAAAAUUCUUGUACUUGCAUCCCUGGGUAUUUUGAUAAUGGCAAAUUGAUAUGUUAAAGUAUUAAUUUUAUUAAAUUAGAAUGUUCGAAUUCUUGUCAAACUUGUAAAAAUUAGAGAGAUUAUUGUACUAGUUGCGAUAUUAAUUAAGGUAGAUUAGAUUAAUCUAUUAUUCAUAAAUGUCCAUGUAUUUCUAAUUUUUAUGAGGAUUCUAAUGAAACUUGCUAAAGUAUUUAUCAUCAUAUUCAUAUAGAAUGCCAUAUAAAAUGUUCUGGAUGUGUAAAUGAUAAAAAUAAUUGUGUCAGCUGCAAAUAUGUUUAAGGUUCAAACAGAUUAACCAUUUCAAACCAAUGUAAUUGUAAAGAUGGAUAUUAUGAUGAUGAAGUUCAAGUAAUAUGCAAAAAAUGUAAUACUCGUUGCAAAAUUUGUGAAAACGAUCCAAAUAAUUGCCUUAAAUGUCUUAGUAAUUUAAGAAUAGAUCCUCCUGUUUGUCACUGUAUGAAUGGAUACUUUGAAACUGAUUAACUUCUUUGUGAACGUACAAAAUUAUUAUAAACUAAGCUUGUGAAAUUUAAUGUGAUACUUGUUAGACUCUAGCCUCAAAUUGUGUAACAUGUAAAUAAGGCCGUCUAAACAAAACAUGUGAUUGCGAGGAUGGAUAUUUUGAAGGUGGUCAACCUGAAUGCAUCAGUAAAUAUAGAAUCAAUAUCUUUAGUUUGUGACUUUUAAUGUUAAACAUGUGCCUAUUAUGCAGACAAUUGUUUAGCGUGUAAAGGAGAUCGAUUUGAAAUUCCAUUUUGUCGAUGUUAAGAUGGAUAUUAUGAUGAUUUCUAGACUUUAAAUUGCUUAAAAUGUGAUUACACUUGUAAAACAUGUACUUUGGAUGAAUGCUUAUCAUGUAAUGGCAAUAGAAUCCUAUCAGAUUAAAUGACUUGUGAUCCUCCUCCAAAUUCAAUUAGCUCAUUAUUAACUCCUUGGUGUUCAAGUAUAAUAUCCUUAAUAUCAAAGAUUGUGAAGUAGCUGUGAUGAAAAUUAAAUUAUCAGAUGACCUGACAACAAUAAUUGUCCAUUUUGAUUUCCCCUUAAAUCCAAACUUCUUUUCAAAUUACCUUGAAAGCAAUGGUUGCUUCAAUGUCUUGAAUUAGACGACUCUCUCAAAAUUAGGAAUGAAUCCUCAAUGUAAUAUAGAUCCUGCAAAUGAUAAAUAAUUGCUUUUAAAUAUCGGGGAAAAUCCUACAAUUAUUCCGGGAGAUACAAUUGAUUUCUUGGAGAAUUCCUUUGGUCAUACUCAUUGUGAUAGCAAACUCUAGCAUUUCAUUUUUAAUUAACUUUUACCACCAUCUAACCCAUUUGCUCCUGCUAUCCAAUACGAUGUACCUACAUACCAAUUGAACCCUUGUGAAGAGAAUAUCAUAUUAAUUGAAUCAAAGCUUUAUGAUGGUUUGAGAAGUUUUAUUUCGAUAUAAUGGUCAUUUAUCGUGUAAGGCUCAAAUGGAAAUGGUGAUCUUGAAAACUUCGUUACAGAAUUAACAAAUUAUUAAAUCCUAGAUCUAACAAUUCCAGAAAAAACAUUUCCUAUAUAGUCAAAUAUUACCCUAUUUGUGGAAGUUCAAAAUUUCGUUUCAGAAAAAAAUGUGUCGAAAAUAGAAAUACAAACACAUGCUGGAUAAUUUCCUAGCAUUUUGUAAUAACUCAAACAAUACUAUUAUCCAUUUGAAUCAAUCAAAAUGAUUUUUACAAUGACUAAGAAAAGUUGCAUCGAUAAUUCAAAUAUAUCACAAGAUAAUUCUUAAUAUUAAAUUCAAUUUUAUGAAAUCUAUAGAAAUAACUCUUUAUCUAGAUCUUCAAAUCUGAAUUUUAAUGAAUUAAUUAGUUCUAAUCUAUUAGAACUUAAUAUUGAGAGUUAUUCUUUAAGUGCUUUCACAGCCUAUAUAUUUAAGUUUACGAUUUCAGAUUCUUCAGUUUAAUAUGAAUCCUAACGAAAUAUCACUCUUUAGAUUAAAUCAGGGGGGAUUCUCUGCGUAUUUAAUGGAACAAAAAAGAUAUAAAAUUAUUAAAAUGUUACAAAUAUCCAUAUUCUUUGCAAAGAUCUAGAUGUUCUAAAUGAUUGGAAUUAAGAUCCAAAUUUGUCAAUUAUGGUUAGUUGUUUAGAACUAACUUCACGAGAAGAAUGUAAAGAUUCUUAAAAGUAGAAAUUAAUAUAUAAUUCUACUUAGACAAGUUAAACAUUCCCUAAAGCAACUAUAGAACCAUACACAAUUUAAUCUUGGUAAGUAAUUGCCACAAAAAACUCGGUGUCGUACUCUUAUAACACAAAUAUAUUGUAUUUGGAUUAUGAUUUCUAAAUCCUAGAUGUAGAUUAUAAUAGUGGAUAUUUGAUACGGCCUGUUAAUAAUUAUGAAGAUUUAUAAUUUACCUUUAAUAUUCCAUUCUAGGAAAGAUAAUACCUCGUGGAUUAUUAAAUUGCAUUAAUUUAUGAUUAUCAAUUAAUUACAAUACUUAAAUCCUAAUACUUUUAAUAUUCCUUUCAAUUAUACGAUUAUUUAUAAUAGUUUAAUAAAGGAAAUAAAUUUCUACUUAAACUUUUAGCUUAAUUUACUGAUGAUAUCAUUCCUAACCAAAUCGAUUUGACUUUGUUUUUAAAUUAACCUCCGAUUUGUAAUUUAAAAAUGCUGCAAUAGAAUAUAUAAACCUUAGAAUCUUAGAAAUUAGUAAUUAAUUGCGAAUUAUCUGAUGAUAAGCCAUAUUCAUAUUAAAUGAAAGUUUUUCUUUUUAAAGAUGAUUUUGAAGAGUUUAAUAAUAAGACAUCCGAUAAUUCGCUACUUUAUUAUAGCUUUUAAUAAUCAAAUCACUUCAUAUUAUAUCUUCCUAGUUCAGAAAUCAACAUUAUUUUUUAGAUCAUGGAUUUCAGAGGAUCCUUUACAAAUAUCCAUUAGAAUUUUAAAAUCUCAAAAAAACAAAUCCUAUGCAAUAAUUAAAAAACAGACCAAUUAAAUUUAAGGCAAAAAAUUGCAUGGAUAUUUGAAAUAAUGAUUAAUCAUAAUAAUGAAUCAGAUUGCAUAAAAUUAAAAGAUGAAUUAUAUAAUUCUGUUGAAUAAGUAAUGAGUUCAGAAGCUAUUUAUGAAAAAUUAUUAGCUUAUUAAACACUUAAUUUAUAUAAAAAAUUAGAAGUAAAUCAGAAGGCUUAAAAUUCUUCAAUGAGAUUGUUAGAAUAAGAUUAGCAAAAUGAAUGCUACAAUAAAGAGUCAUCUCUAUUUAGUAGUACCGAUGAUCAAUCUACCGAUAAAAAAAGCGCUAAUAUUUCAUCCAUAAUAGCAAGCUCUUAACAGGUUGAGGUAUAAAUAGCAGAUUUAAUCUAUUUGAAGAGAGACAUUGAAUAAGAAAACAAAAAAAACGAUCUAAUUAUUGAUACUCAAUAAGUUAUGAAGUUUAAUGGUGUAAUCUAGAUGUUAUUUAGUUCAGUACAAUUAAUUGAUAAUUAAUUGCUUAUUAUUUAAGAGAAUUAAAUCUAAACAUAAUAUUAAGAGCAAGUUAUGAAUAUAUCUGAAACUUUAAUUUAAUUAAUUGAUAAAAUUACACUGCAAAUUAUUGACAAAGUUAAAGUAAAUGGCUAAGUUUUAUAAAUUUAAGGUUUAAUGAUGAAGUUAUAACUUUAAAAAAUUACUAAGUCUGUAUAUAAUAAAGAGUUUUAAUUGGAAGAUGAUUAUUUGGAUAAUUUAAUUGCCUUCUAACAGAAGAAACAAAUCAAAGUUAAUUACAAUUAUUAUAAUCUGUCAAAUGAUUAAAGAUCUAUGCUUCAAAUUUAUUUAAAUAGAUCUGAUUUUGAAAUUAAUUAAAAGUAUUUUGUCAAAUCAACUCUGACUAAUUUUCUGUACGCUAAUACUUCUUUUAAUCAACCUUAAUAAAAUACUUAGUAUAGAAUUGACUUGGCAGAAUUUCAAUAUUGCGAUACUUAAAAAGGGGAUUCCGAAUUUAUGAAUUAUAAUUAUUAUUGUAUUAAUCAUUUAGAGGAUAAUACAUAUGAAAAUUGUGAUUUAUUAAUGGAAGAACUUAAUAAUAAAAGUGCAUAACUCUAUUGUAAAUGUAAGUCAUUUGGAAGUUUAUUUUUGAUAAAAAUUUCCAAUAAAUCUAUAAAUUAAUAAAAUAAUACUUUGGUGAAUUAAAUAUAAGAGGAUUAUCAGAAUAUUGAAAUAUUUCAACAGACCUUUAUAUAUGUCUAAAUUGCAUUUAUUAUAUCAUCUAUUAUGGUCUACUGUGCCCUUGUUUAUCUAGAUUAUCAAAGUCAAAAGAAUAUUAUUAUGGAGCAAGCUUCAAGUAAUAGUUCAGAUACACUAGAGCUUGCUAAGAAGGCAUUUCAAAUAAAUAUUUAUCCAGGUCAUAUCUUUAUGUUUAAAACAUCUUUUUAUGUAAAAUUUUUAAUUAUUCAAAUAGAAUAUCCAUUCAAUUUUGUAAUUUUUUUAGAAUGACUAAAACCCUGUGAAAAAAAGUUUUCGAUUUUUGCAGGUUAGUAAUUAAAUAAGCAUUUUAAUUUUAACAUCCACUUGGGAGGUCUUAUUGAUUGAUAUGGUAAUCAUCAAUGCGUGCAUAAAUCUCCUAAUAACUUUAGUCAUCAGAGCACUUUCAAAAAUAACCUAAGCAAUUUAUAUGUUUGAAGGCAAAGCUUCUGUAGUUAUGGUUGUAUUAUAUCUUUGCUUACCUUUUAUGUACAUUUUCCUAAUGAUUUUGGCAUUAAAUUAAAUGUAUAUUUUUUUUCUCAUAAUAGCGAAAUAAAUAAAACGGAGAUGGAUAUAUAGAUAACCUUAAAUCUUUUAAGCACUUUAUUAUUAGUUUUUUUCAUAUAUGAGCCAAUCGCUAUUUAUAUAAGAAUUGUUAUAUACAGACCAUUUCUGGACAGUAUUAACCGCAAUGAAUAAAACCCAGUCAGCCACUUUGUUUAUUUCUUUAUAUAUCAUAGCAAAAUAAAUAAAAUUUACAAUGAAUUAAAUAUUCGAUGA